GGGUUAUCUUUAGCUUAUCCAGAAGCGAGUUUAACCUCAACAGAGAACAGAGGGGGAGAGUGGAGGGAGAAAAGAAAAAAAAAAUGGUGGGGGCUUCUUAUUUGCAACCAAGAAUGUUUUCUUCUUUUGUUGGUGAUCGUUUAGUUCAAUCAACCCAACCUCUUUCUCAGCUGUUUCAUUACAACCCAGGUCGUAAGCAUGUGUCUAUGCAAUUAUCCAGAUCGCUUUCUGGCUUAACCAAUAUCUUAUUUAAUCGAAGGAGCAAUUUGGGUGAAGUUCCAAACAGCAAGCGCAAACGUUUGAGACCUGGGAAGUUAUCUCCUCAUCGACCUGUUCCAAAGCAUAUAAAAGGGCCACCUUAUGUCAAAACUCAGAUGGCUCCUGGGAUUGUUAGUGGCCCAGAAGUACAUGAUCUAAAGGGCAUAGAACACAUGAGAGCUUCUGGAAGGCUUGCAGCUCAGGUUCUUAAUUAUGCUGGGACCUUAGUGAAGCCAGGUGUAACAACUGAUGAAAUUGACGAAGCAGUUCACCAAAUGAUUAUUGAUAACGGAGCAUAUCCGUCACCCCUUGGCUAUGGUGGAUUUCCAAAAAGUGUCUGCACCUCAGUGAAUGAAUGCAUUUGCCAUGGCAUACCAGAUUCUCGUCCACUUGAGGAUGGUGAUAUAAUCAAUAUUGAUGUCACUGUGUAUCUUAAUGGUUAUCACGGUGAUACAUCGGCAACUUUCUUUUGUGGAGAUGUUGAUGAAGAAGCAAGGAAACUCGUAAAGGUAACCGAAGAAUGCCUAGAUAAAGCUAUAGCAAUAUGUGCACCAGGAGUGGAGUUCAAGAAAAUUGGCAAAACAAUUCAUGAUCAUGCAGAUAAAUUUGGUUAUGGUGUUGUCCGGCAAUUUGUUGGACAUGGAGUCGGCCGGGUUUUUCAUGCUGAUCCUGUUGUUCAACACUUCAGAAACAAUGACGGUGGACUUAUGGUCUUGAAUCAGACCUUUACUAUCGAACCAAUGCUAACAAUGGGCAGCAUUAAUCCAGUAAUGUGGGACGAUGACUGGACGGUGGUCACACAAGAUGGGAGCUUGUCAGCUCAGUUUGAGCACUCAAUUCUAAUAACCGAAGACAGGGCUGAAAUAUUGACCCAAUGUGAAACUUGACGCAGGAUCAGAGUAUCUUCCCUUCCGGAGUUAUCAUCCACAUCCGGUGUCGUCUUGCACAAGAUGCCAUUCAGGGUUGUAUCAUCUAAAUCAUUUGUUUUUGCUAUUUGUUCAGAUUGAAACUCCAUAUAGAUAGCAACUGUAGUUAACCAUCCAUUAUUUUUUUUAUGAUUCAUCAAUGAAAAAUAUCUAUAGGUUUUAUAUAUCAAA